GAAAUGGGCCCAAGAACCCAUAGUCAAGAAUGGGCUGGAUUUGGCGCGUACGAUGAUCUGCAACAUAACGACCAACGACUCUUGGAGAGGACGCUUCCUUAAAUGGAAACUUGUUUGAAAACAACGUUUCGAUUUCGAGGCAGUUCCUGCCUAUCUUUCGUUCUGACCUCACUUCUCUGGGGCUGAUUCUGCAAUCCCUGAAUUCUGUAGGAAUACAGCUACGAUGAAUCAUCGCCCUUACCAUCAGUUCUUGCUCUUGUUUUGGAUUCUAGCACUGUCUUCACAAACUCGAUUGUCAUGGAGUUGGUUCUUUUCUUCCGAUAAAGAGACUAAUGCAAACGAGCAGAUUCCAAGGAACAAGGGGGUUUACAAGGAUGUUGUCUCUGAGUUCUCGAUGGAAGCCCUUAAUGAUCGGAAGGGCGUCCAGCUGAUCGAGAAUGCUAAGAGUAAAAUGCUCGUCCCAAAUACUUGUUGGCAAGCUGCUUACCUGAAUGUGUUUGAGGGAUGUUCAAAAACCCUUGCUGAUGAAGAAUUACGGUCUAGACUGGCCUGGCAUCUCAGCAACUGUUUUCAGCAGCACACGGGCCGACCACCGUUUCCUUAUUGUGAUGCAAAAUCUGCCAUGAAGAACUGCUUGAAGAAUCUUGAUAGAGAUGCUCACAAAGUUUAUCUUCAGUACUUUCUUGAGACAAACUCCAUAUGUCACCAGUUGCAGACUGACGCAUUUAAGCAUCAAACGGAGAGAUUGGUGAAUGAACUCAAGAGUUCUGCUGAAUACGCAGAAGUGAAAUUAGGAAAGAUAGAAGAACAGGGAGAGGUUUUACUGCAGAAUGCAGGAAAGGUACACGACUCUUUGGCUUCGAUAGAUGUAAGAACUCAGCAAGUUGCAGAAACAUCGAGAAUGGUGGAGGAUCGUGUUAACACAGUGUUGAGAUAUUCUGAAGCAGUUUAUGAGCAGUCCAAGGGAAUAGCAGCUUCUCAGGUGGAGUUGAGUGAAGGUCAAGCUACAAUGAAGGAGAAUUUGGCACAAGGAAUGGCUUUACUUAAGGAUUCUUAUGAAAAUUUGGGUGUAGAAAUUGUGAAUUUGAGAAAUGAAGCAGUUGAAAUAGAGAAGGAGAUUGGCAAAGUUGGGGAUGCAAUGUUUUCUAAGAUGACAACUCUGCAGAGUAAAGCUGAUGAUAUUGGGAAUAUAGCAGGGACAUCCUUGGAUAAACAGAAACAACUUCUUGAUGGGCAGUCUGUAGCUCUUGAGGGUCUCCAUUUUCUCACCAAAUUUCAGUCCCAGGCCCUUGAAGAGAGCAGGGUAACUCUGCAAAAGUUGGUUGAGUUUGGGCAAAAACAGCAAGAAGAACUACUGCAAAGGCAAAAGCAACUUCAUCAGUCUCAUGAUCAUCUAGUGGAAAACUCAAAACUGAUGUUAGCAGCUCAGGAAGCAUUCGAAUCAAAGCAAGCAAGCAUGUUUGUUGCAAUAGACAAGCUAUUUGCCUUGCACAGCGCCAUGUUGUUCGAAUCAAGAGUGAUCAUCGCGUUCCUUGUAUACUCAGUUGCAAUCUUCAUCAUCUACAUGCUGACUAGUAUAAAACACGCAUACAAUGUGAGACACAGGCUGUAUUUAGGUCUGUGUCUAACAUUCUUGAUUGAAGUAACAAUACUGUGGUAUACAACGACCGAUGCUGAAGAGCAAGGAAGGAUAAUACAUAUGGUCAGGUUACUUUUUGGGUUUCUAGCAUCCAUCCAGUAUCUAUACGCCAUUUUUACCUACAGAGAUUAUGAGAUGCUGAACCAUAAAAUGCUAUUGGCAAUAAUGGAAAAGGUGAACAGCAUGCAGAGGACCAAAGAGCUAUUGUCAUGGGACACGGACAUUGAUAGUGAGAUAAAUUGGUCUUCAUGGGUUGAUACAGAGUUACCAGAAGAUGUGGGCUUGUUGGAGGAUCCUGAUUAUUUAUUGCCUGAAGAAGUUGGGGAGAAUUCCUCGGUCACCAGCUCAAGCACUAAGAGAUAUAACCUCCGUAGGCGUUAUUAGAAAUUUUUGGUCCUCUCAGUGUUCCCUCUUGUCUCU